UCUCCAUCCAUUUUUUUUUAACUUGGUGUGUUUGUGUGUCUGUCAUCUGCAGAUUCACUGCGUGCGUUUGAAAGAUGCGCGCACAACUUUAGUUGGAAAACACUUAUUAGUGAUCAAUUUGCCCCGAUUGCUUCCCUUCUCUCCCCCCUGCGCUUUUUUAAACAGCCAUACUAGUUUUUUUCCUGUCCGAGUAGCAGCUACGGGAUAUGCAGAGAGGCGGGGACCUUUCUCUUUCCACCUAAAUCCUCCCCAAGUUGGGACCCUGCUGACGCGCAAUGACUUGAAGCAGGACAGCAGUUGUUGACAUCGCUGAAGUUGCCAAGUUGUGUCGACUGUCCUGCAUUUCUCUGCGGAACUGAAAUUCCCCCUCACCCAAAAGCACUGGACUUUCUUGCCUUUUAUUCUCCCCUUUGCCGAAAGUGAAACAAAGCAGUCACCAUGCAGAGUUCAUCGCUUCGCCGGCAGGUGAAAAACAUGGUCAAUAACUACACGGAGGCAGAGAUCAAGGUCCGGGAGGCCACCUCCAACGACCCCUGGGGACCCUCUGCAUCUCUCAUGUCUGACAUUUCAGACCUCACCUACAAUGUGGUGGCCUUCACUGAAGUCAUGGGAAUGAUUUUUAAGAGGCUGAACGAUCACGGCAAAAACUGGCGCCAUGUUUACAAAGCAUUGACACUACUGGACUACCUAGUCAAAACGGGCUCUGAGCGUGUGGUCAAAGCCUGCCGGGACAACAUUAUCACCAUCCAGACGCUUAAAGACUUCCAGUACAUUGACCGAGAUGGACAUGACCAAGGUAUCCAUGUCAGGGAGAAGUCUAAGAAACUGGUGGCUUUGUUGAAAGACGACGCCAAGCUGAAGAGCGAAAGGAGCAGUGCACAGAAGACUAAGGCACGGGUGGGCAGAAGCAGUGCUGGAUACUCAAGACGCUUCAGUGGGGAUGAUUUCAACACAUGCGGAAGCUCAUCAUCAUUCAGCCCCUCCGUUGUUGCCUCCACUUCAUCUCAUCUUGAUCCAGACCUCGAACAAGCCAUACCAGCAUCUAGUGGAGAAGAGGAGCUGCAGCUGCAGCUGGCUCUGGCUAUGAGCCGAGAAGAAAGUGAAAAGCCACCUCCCACAGUGGAUAUUGAUGAACAGACUCAACUCCAAAUCGCAAUGAAACUCAGCAAAGAGGAGGCCCAGAAGUCAGUCAAACGUGCACCAGCUCCCGUCGUGGAAAUGGACGAGGACGCCCAGCUCCAACUAGCUCUGAGCCUGAGCAAGGAGGAACACCAACAGGAGCAGCUGAGCCGCAGAGGGGAUGAUACUGAUCUCCAAAAAGCUUUGGAGGAGAGCAAACGUGAAAUGGCUGGAAGAGGAGGGACCGCCUUCAUGGACCUGGUUGACAUUUUUGCAGUACCUGCAGAUGCACCACCCAGUGACAUUCGCUGGAAUAAUACUUCACAGCAGGCAGCAGCUGGAGCUACAGAUCCCUGGGACUCCCUGGAUAACAUCCCAAGAGCUGAUUCUCCCUGGAUGGUGCCACCUUCUCACAGCCCUCCACCACCGUGGGAACCUCCAGCAUACUCCUGGGACGGUCUGCAAGACAACGUCUCCAACCCCACAGCCCAAAGUUUGACAUCCGCAUCCUCUAGAGUGGAUCCAUUCUUUGCUUCAUCAAACAGAACGGCGGCCACAGGAGCAGCCAGUGAAGUUCCACCACGAAGAGGGAGCCCCUCAGAUGGGGACCUGUUUGACGAAGCCAUGGAUGGUGGUCCUGCGAGUAUUAAUGGUCAAGAAGAGGACAGCUCUGACCUGUUCAACAUGUCCGGUCUAAGAGACAGCCUCCCUAUCGCUGCGCCUCGAAAAUGCAAGACACCCGAGGCCUUCCUUGGACCCACAGCUGCUUCUUUGGUCGACUUAGACGCACUGAUUCCCAAAAAUCCCCCAGCAAAGACCACAAAUCCAUUUUUAGCAGGUCUCAGUGCUCCUUCAGCUGCCAAUCCGUUCCAAGCCGAGCAGCCGAAAGUCAGCCUGGAUGAGAUGAGCUCCAGCUUUGAAUCCUCGGUUCCCCAAACCUCCUCCCUGCCAUACAGUGCCUCACUGCCCUUGCCUACAAGCCACCAAGGUGCUGCCAUCCCUUCGUCCCUCACUCACCCCACUCCGCCUGGUCUGGAACUGCCAGUGAAGCUACCCGAGCCUCUGUUGCCCUUCUCCUCAGCUAGUAAUGAGGAUACACAAAUCAAUGUGAACCCAUUCUUAUAAAGACGUCCCAGAAACAAGACCAAUAUCAGCUAGGAAAUGGAGACAUAGUAGUGUAUGCUCUUGGAAUAAUACUCAUUCUGCAAACCAAACUGCAGCCCUAAAGACUUUUAUGAAAUGCGUAUUAUUAAUGGUUUUUAUAUUGUUGUAUAAAACCAGUAACCUUGUAUUGCAGCAAGCCAGUUCUACUCCUUCAAACAUCGAAUGGAAGCUGUUGAACUGUUAAUAAUGGGCUACAAAUUUAAAGAACAAAUACAAACCAGAAGCACACUUUGAUAUAACGUUGUUGUCUGUGACCUUUGACCUGAUGUCUUACAACAGGCAACAUGAAAACCAGUUCAGUGCCUGAAAACGCUCCUGCAACAACUCAUUUAACCCAUGAAGCUUCUGUGGACCAGAACUGAUUGGUUAAUUCCAUGUAUAUACAUUUUGACAAUAACUGUAAUGAAGAUUUUGAUUGCGCUUUGAUUUUUCCAACAUGCAAGAAAGCAUCUGGAAUGUAAAAGAAUUUGCUUGUGAAACACUAACUGAUCAAAUACAGCAGCACUACAACAACAGUUUUUUCGUCUUUUA